GGGUUUUACAGACCAAUCGCGGAACUGAGAGAAGAAACGGGUUCGUUCUUUGAACAGCGGGACAAUGGGAGCCGGAAGCCGACAGACAAUAGGCGGGUUUUGGGGGCGAUUACAAGCCACCCGUUUACGGUACAGUAAUUCGUUUGUCCUCGGCAAACGAAAGAUCAAAAAUGAUCCAAGGAAUUUUGAAUCCAGCAUGAUCAAGUCGUGAACGAAUUGUGCCGGUAAAACACUGCGUGUAGUGUAUUCACAACGGGGCGCGUUUACUAAUGGUGACGUCAUCACGAAUGAUAUUACAGUGACUGAAAGGUGAUCGGUAAUAUUUUUUGUUUCAAUAGAAGUCAGUGGGACCAGCCAGUUAACUGAGGACGCACGUGCACUUUGGACCGUGGAGCAUAUAGCUAACAUUACUACGCUGUGAGGAAUUAUUGUUUGGAUUUGGCACAUUUCAUCGAUUUCUCGAGUUGGAUUUUGAAAGAUGUUUGGUGAAUGCAGGGGAUUUUCCAGUUUGAUUUUGUGCUGUUUCGUCGCAGAAAUUUGUUUGGCAGCAUCAAGUACAGCGUCGGUCAAACGUAACACAAACAGGAAUUUCCCGAGCAAAACAAAGAUGAGACACACCACACAUACCAGAGAAUUAGUAGCGCCUGAAGGUGACACGAUACCAAUACCAUCACUGCAGGAGGCGGGGACUCUACCUCCAACGAGCUUAGGAGAGGUAGAAGAAUUAGAUGACACCCAGCAACAUUCUCAAAGACGAUUACCCAUCGCUGGAUUGACGAAGUGCGGGCGUCGGCCAACUAAUCCCUACCGUCGAAUUCGCAGAGUGGUCGGUGGUCUGACUGCCGGGACACGGUGGCCAUGGCAGGCGCAAAUCAUCCGGCGGGAUGCCUUCAAUCAGGAGGUUCACCAUUGUGGCGGGACGCUCAUCGACACCAUGCACGUACUGACGGCUGCCCACUGUUUUGAUGGUUAUCACAAGAAUGACUUCAUCAUCCGUCUCGGCCAGCAUGACCGCUCUACCACAGAGCCUCAGGAGCAAGACUUUACCAUCGGCUGUUUGGACAUCCACACUAAGUACCGGAUGCUGCGAUCUGGCUAUGGCUAUGCUAACGACAUUGCUCUGGUGACUUUACGAGGGAGGAUCAAAGGCCACAAGGGGGCACUGUUUAAUGAUCAUGUGCUACCGGCUUGCCUGCCCCAGCAGGAAGAGUUCAAGGCGGGAGACAACUGCUGGGUGACAGGCUGGGGACAUUCCAAUUUCAGUGAUCUUGUCUCCAGUUCCUUUCCUGACAUGCUGAAUGAGGCCCCCGUGCCACUCCAGCCACAGAAAACCUGCCGCGCCAUCUACGGCCGCCAGAUCUCCCGCAGGACAAUCUGUGCUGGUCAGGUGGGGACCCGCAGCCCCAGGGCUGACACCUGCCGGGGAGACAGCGGGGGCCCACUGGUGUGCAAGCGCUAUGGUGUGUGGAAGGUGUGGGGGAUCACGUCCUGGGGUCUGGACUCACUGUGUAACGAGCGGCCUCCUGGGGGUGCUACCCCAGGCGUGUACACUCGGGUGGACCAGUACCUGAAUUGGAUCCAGCGGCGGAUGGAAAGGCGGCGAAGGACACCAGUCUGCAUCAACUGAGUUACUUAUAGAAAUGCAAUAAGAUUUCCUAAAUAAAUGCCGAUCAGCUCAAGUGAUUUCAGAUAGGCAAAAAUCAUUCACAAAUUUUAAAUAAUUUUUUUCAAAGCAAAUUGCCCAUGAACUUUGGAUAUUGUUGAACAAAUGUAAACUUCUGUAUUACAGCAUACCAAGUUUAAAUGCUGCACUGACUGAACUAUCCUCAGGACUGGUGUUUUUAAGCAAAUCUGUAAGGGUGUAAUGAGAUGAAGGAAUGACAUCAUCAUCAGAAACACGUCAGUAUUAUCUCAGAACCACUGCCAAGUUGAAAUAUGUAUUUCCCUUUUGCUUCUUCAACUUCUCACAGAUCAGCUAUCUCCCCUUACAAUCCCGUUUCCCAUACAAAUUUCAUUUUGAAAUUGAACUUUAAAAAAAAUGUUACUUGGUGCUACUUUUAAACUGCAGCUUAUGUUAAAAUGUUAGUGAAUAGUUUCUAACUCAGGACCCAAUUUGAAAUUGAAUUUUGGUGCAAGUGCUGAACCACUACUUUAAGCCUCUGCCACAUGGGAUAAACAGAAAAAAAAGCUGUCUGCAACAGCACAGAAAGCAUUCAGUGGUUUCAGCGUUUUCCAAGAAUUACCUAUAUUGUAUAAGUAUUUAUUCUUGUAUUAUUUAUUGUGCUUGGUGUAUUCAUCCUGACCUGCUUCACUGGGGUCAGCAAGGUUAGCCUUCUGCCAGAGGGAACGGCUUACUUCUCUUCAAAUGUUGUGACUUCACAUUAUGGCAUUUUUCUUCAUUUUCCGACUUAAAAUACAGAAUACAUCAAUACUUGUGAGUCUUUGAAUGAAAAAAUAUGGCAAUAUGUUGACAUUCUGGUUGAGUCUUCAGUGUUAUUUUGCCAUACUUACCAAUUAAAUUGUGAAUACAUUUGGAACUGAAAGAUGAUUUUGUGUGUUGUAUUUUUACUUGUAUGCGGUCUAUUGCCCCAAAAAGUGUUUAAUUAAUGGCCGAUGGUGCAGCUAAGACAAACUUCCAACCUGAGCAGCGUCUGCAUACAUCUGUUCCCUUCCACAGAGUUCCAGUUUCAGCCAGUGAUUGACAGCCAUUGUGUGAGACAAACUUCUCUCAAUUCAAACAUCACAAAGCAGUUACCAUCAUUACCCUGACUCUCCUGGAUCGUUAAGAAUCCAUGAGGAGGAGUUCUGGAGGAUUUAGCAGGAUUGAAGAAGGCAAGACACCAACUUGUGAUUUGUGUAAAGGUGAAUGCCCCUCUAAAGUACAAAGAGUGUUCCUGGUAAAGAUACCCUAGAAGACCAGCUCACUUGCACAUAAACCCAAAUUCCCUACACAGUUGUGGUUUCAACAUUUCCCAACCCCACUGAAAUUCAACAGACUGCUGCAGAACAGCGACACAUUUUCAGAGCUUAGACAUCAGAAAAG